CGUGUCACUCCGCAGUGAAACCACAACCAGCAGGUAAAUGGAUGUCAUCGGGCGGAGGUGGUGGUGAAGGAGUUUACGAGACAUUUUUCAAAAGCACCUCCAACGGGCGAUCGUCUACGACGACCCAACAAGUUCAACAAAGGUAGCUGAACACUAAUGAGUUCUGGACAAGUUAGCUGCACAUGCAAUGUCAUGUCUGAGCAGACCCGGAGUAAAUCUCUGUUGUCCUCCUUUGGUUGCACAGUGCAGUCGGUUCGCUCCCCAAUCUUUAUGUGAGCUGAAUGCAAAUGGGGAAGGGACCCACAUGGAACUGGAAGGAUAUGAGUGUCCCAUCUUCGAUACUGCGCAAGGGAACAUAUUCAACAGCGGUCUGAGACUCGCCCGGCUGAUGAAACAGGAUUGCUAAUUCCUUCAGCCCGCUUGUGGAUUUGUGAAUCUGCUUGUUGUUUUUUUAAAUCGAUAAAAAUCGCAGAAUUUAGGCUUUUCGGCGAAUCCCUGAUUCUAGAACAUGCACAGGAACUUCCGAAGGUGGAUUCUGUUUGUCUUUCUCUGCCUGGGUCUCAUCUACGUCAAAUUAGGAGCGCUGUCCUCAGUUGUCGCCUUGGGAGCGAAUAUCAUUUGCAACAAGAUCCCCGGACUGGCGCCCCGGCAGCGGGCCAUCUGUCAGAGCCGCCCGGAUGCCAUCAUCGUGAUCGGCGAAGGGGCACAGAUGGGUAUCAACGAGUGCCAAUAUCAGUUCAGGUACGGCCGCUGGAAUUGCUCGGCCCUCGGGGAGAAAACCGUCUUCGGACAGGAGCUACGAGUGGGUAGCCGGGAAGCAGCAUUCACUUAUGCCAUCACCGCGGCCGGAGUGGCGCACGCCGUGACUGCCGCCUGCAGCCAAGGGAACCUGAGCAACUGCGGCUGUGACCGAGAGAAGCAGGGCUACUACAACCAGGAGGAGGGCUGGAAGUGGGGCGGCUGCUCUGCCGACAUCAAGUACGGCAUCGAGUUCUCAAGGAAAUUCGUCGACGCGAGGGAGAUUAAAAAAAAUGCCAGGAGGCUGAUGAAUCUCCAUAACAACGAGGCGGGGAGAAAGAUUCUGGAGGAAAGGAUGAAGUUGGAAUGCAAGUGUCAUGGAGUCUCUGGCUCGUGCACAACCAAGACGUGUUGGACAACUCUUCCCAAAUUCAGAGAAAUUGGAUACGUCUUGAAGGAGAAGUACGGUGAGGCUGUUCACGUGGAAGCGGUGAGGGCUAGCAGAUUACGCCAGCCCACCUUCCUUAAAAUCAAGAAGCCCAGGACCUAUCGAAAGCCAAUGGACACGGAUUUAGUUUACAUCGAGCGGUCGCCGAACUACUGUGAGGAGGAUAGCACGACGGGGAGCGUGGGCACCCAGGGGCGGUUAUGUAAUCGCACCUCCCACCACGGAGAUGGCUGUGACCUGAUGUGCUGUGGGCGGGGUUACAACACGCACCAGUACACCAAAGUGUGGCAGUGCAACUGCAAGUUCCACUGGUGCUGCUUCGUCAAGUGCAACACGUGCAGCGAGAGGACCGAAGUCUUCACCUGUAAGUGAGAAUGCUGCCACCCAAACAGAAAACAAAAACAGAUGGACACUCCGCCCUCGAGGUGGAGAAUCACAACAAAAGGAAAAAACCAGAAAGGAAGAAACGAGGAGUCAACGAAAACACGUGAAAUCGAGUGGGAAUGAAGAUCAACUCGCUACACAACCCCACACCUUGCGUGAAACACGUUGCGAGUCGACCGGCUUCCGUUUCUACACCACGAUCACAAUAAAACACGAGUUGGUUGCAAUUCGAUAUACCAGGUGCCGGUGCAAGCCUGCGGCAGUUGCAGUACACUCUGGGAGCUGCAGUCCAUUCUGACGGGCAGUAUUAUUAUUAUUAUUAUUAUUAUUAUUAUUAUUAUCGACAUCUGUAUGGCAAGUGAUGGGUAAACAAACUACAACUCCCAGAAAGCCAUGCACUUGACAAUCUUGCCUCGAGUUCACAAUUUCCACCCGAAACUCCACUUAAAUGUGGCACUACCCUCACACAAACAAUAUGUUUUCCAACACAAAAUAAGAAGUGUGUGAGACACAAAGCUGGCACUAAGGGAGUCAUCAAAUGGCGAAGCAAGAAAACUAUUGUUCAGUGCUGUUAAGGACUGGAAAUGACUUAGCUGCAUCGCCCCAGACGUGUUGGGCUGAGCUCCAGAGCUGAAGGGAAGAUGGGCAAAUCCAGCUGUUAUCUUGUUUAAGACUGACUAAAGAAGUGUCUUGUUCAGUCUCACUGGAGCUAUUUGGAUAUCAGAAAAAAAGUUUAUUUAUGUUAUAGAAUGAACAAAUCUAAGCACUAACGGGUAGUAAUAUUGUAAAUUUUUAAUGUAAACCUGUUAGAUUCUUUCCUGACUUAUAACGCAUUAAUUUUGAUAUUUCUCCAAAUGUUUCUAUGACACUAAUCUGCUUAUACAUUGAUAGUUUAACAGAAAGUGUGGCUAGAAUGACACAGAGGGAUACACAAACAGUUUAAAUCCUAAAAUUUACAUCAAGCUAUUCAUCGUUUUGAAUACUCUUUAAAAAUAUUAAUUUAUUUUGAAAGGAAGUUCCUGAAUGCUGGGACCAAGGGACAUAAAAUGCUACAGGUACUCUUUAGUUUUGUUCGAAAAUGAAGGGAGAUCACGUGGCUCUUCAUAAGCAAUGAAUGGCAGACGAUACUGCCACAUUCAACUGGUUUAUGCUUUCACUACUUUUCCUGUAUCUGAAAGGCAUAACGGGGAACUAUUGGAGCAGAAAUAAGAUGUGUAUUGUUAGCUGUCUGAAGCCCCGAGGACCGGAACCAGAUAACUCCUGAUAUUGUAGAACAUCAGAAUUGACAGAAAAUAAAUCCGUUUCUUUCUGACAAACCUUUCGCCAUUAAAAAAAAUAUGAGAUACAAAAA